CCAGUACGAUGACAGCAUCCAGCACAUAGCCAAACCCCCACACACCACAUCACCAUCCGGCCUGGGGAGGACGCCGCGGAUAUUUUCAGAAACAAACAUAAUUUGCCCCAAAAAAUCUCCGCAUCGGUGAUUUUUUUUUCUGGGCUAACCCUGCCAGACUCCCGGUCCGUCUUUCUCCUCCUCCGACCACGAGGUGGCCGCUACCAGAUUGGGAUUGGCCCUGAUGAUCACAAGGAGCCCCCUCCACCUCUUUUCAGCCAAUCCUGGAGGGGCUGCAGAGCUGAUGUCUCAGAGGGCAAGAGGGUAUUUGUGUUCCGGUGUCCUGAAGAGACAAGCCACAUCACGAUAAAUGGAGGAGAAGGAGCGAUGUAGGAGCAGGUCUCCGGCUCGGAGGGCCAGUCGGGUGCAGCAGGUGGUGGGAACAAUAAUACGUCGCACUCGAGAGUCGCUAAGCAGAGAGCGGUUGCUAGGCGAUGGGAGGUCACAGCGCUCCAACAGUCUGUCCAAUCAGAACUUUGUGGCCAAGCUGUCGUUGCAGAUCACCAGAGACCCAGUCCUGGACAGCAGCACCGGACAUGGCUUCACCCUCACCACAGACGCACCCCUGCUGGUCAGGGAUGUCGCCACAGGGAGUCCUGCAGAUGGGAUACUGUUUCCGGGGGACCAGGUGCUGCAGAUUAAUGAUACAGUGCUGGAAGAUUUGAGCAAUGAGCAGGUGGAAAACAUCUUAAGGGAUUUGGAGGAUUGUAUUACUGUGACUAUCCUACGGCACAUGACAAACCCCAAGUCAUCCAUCAUGUCUGCAGAGAAGAGAGCUCGUCUGAGGAGUAAUCCAGUUAAAGUGCGCUUCGCAGAAGAGGUGGUGGUCAAUGGGCACACUCAGGGAAACUCUCUUCUCUUCCUGCCCAAUGUCCUAAAAGUCUAUUUAGAGAAUGGGCAGACAAAAGCCUUCAAGUUUGACAACACAACCACUGUCAAGGACAUUGUUCUGACUCUGAAGGAUAAACUGUCCAUCCGGGCCAUUGAGUACUUCGCUCUGGUGCUGGAGCAACAGUACAGCAUCACCAAGCUACUGCUGCUGCAUGAGGAUGAGCUUGUACAGAAGGUUGUGCAGAAGAAAGACUCCCAUGACUACAGAUGUCUAUUUAGGGUGUGUUUUAUCCCCAGAGACCCCACAGACCUGCUGCAGGAUGACCCCUCUGCUUUUGAGUACUUGUUUUUACAGAGUGUUGGGGACGUGCUUCAGGAGCGUUUCGCGGUCGAGAUGAAGUGUAACACUGCACUACGCCUGGCGGCCCUGCACAUGCACGAAAAACUAGACAGCUGCGGACAGACAAGGACCUCGAUCAAGAGUAUAACGAAGGAGUUUGGCCUAGAGAGCUUUAUCUCUCCUACGCUGCUGAGUAACAUGAGGGAGAAGGACCUGCGGAAAGCCAUCAGCUACCACCUCAAAAAGAUACAGUCCCUGCUGGAACCGCGCCAGAAGGUAAUAUCUGCCACUCAGGCUCGCUUGGCCUACCUCACUCAGCUGGGAGAGCUGAUUUCAUACGGAGGACGAUCCUAUACAGCGACAAUGAUGCUUCAGGACAGGGAGGUGUUAGUCAACUUGCUGGUGGGAGCCAAGUACGGGAUGAGUCAGGUCAUCAACCACAAACUCAAUGUGAUUUCUACGCUGGUGGAGUUCAGCAGCAUCAGCCGGGUGGAGCUGCUCUCGGAGUCGGACAAAGUCAGCCUACUGCGCAUCUCACUGCAUGACAUGAAGCCAUUUGCCUUACUGAUGGACUCUCUGGCAGCCAAAGACUUAGGGUGUCUGCUGGGAGGCUACUGCAAACUCCUUGUGGAUCCCAGUGUCAGUGUCUUCCGUCUGGGGCGCCCAAAAGUGAGGGUGCACCGGAUACCUGCUGAAGAAGGUUACGUGUCUCGCUGCUGUAGUGACUCAGAUGACUCAACAGACGAGGAUGACCCAAUGGAUUCCCAGAAUUACAAACGUCCAGACCCAGCAAGUCAGGACUGGGAAGAAAGGAGAAGAGAGGAAGAAGAAAAGAGGAGAGAAGAGGAAAGACAAGAAAGAGAGGAACACAAAGGCAAACAGGAAGUGAAGAUAAUCGUGACAACAGAAGGUAAGGAAUAUGGAGGUGAAGAGGAAGGAGGGGCAACAGGAAGUGGUCUACGAAAAUUUAGCAUUAUGGAUGAAGAAAUGAACCUGGAGACCACUUGGUACCACACAGACCCACGGGUCACCAGCAGCUUCUCCAGCUUGUCCAGUGGCUCCUUGAGUGCUGCUCUGGAGGAAAGCAGUGCAGCAGCAAAAGCCCCAUCUCGUCUAGGUGCACUCCGUGGACAACCCACAAGUGAGGAUCUACCAAGCUUGGAUGUUCACCACCCCUUCCUCCUAGAGCCAAAACGCAAUCAAGGACCCCUGCGGCCCACCAACCUUAAUUACCGCAGCAAUGACAACUCCUGUCUUUGCUUUGCGGAGCUCUCCAAGGCCGAUUUCCUCCCUAGCCCUCCUGAGGCUACGAGUGAUGAUGAUGACGACGAUGAUGAUGAGGAGGAUGAGGAAGACACAGGGAUGCAGAACCUCAGACGCAUUUCAAAGAUCCCAAGCUCAAGAGAUUUGAGAAUGAUUGACAGCACACCCUUUGACCGAUCGCCCAUUAAAAGAAAGAAAAAGAUCCCCCCCAAAGUUCCAGUAAGAACAAGUUCAAUUCCUGGCCACAAAGCAGAACACCGUCUCUCUAAGGACGAUGAGAGUCUGUUCCUUACACCGUCGCCAAAUCCUAAACCUGCUCUAUUGGCCAAAGAGACUGUCUCAGAUUCUGAGGAUGAGUUUUUUGAUGCACAGGAGAGAUUCACUCCUCCAGUUCCUGAUCUGUCAGAUGCUGAGCUUGCUGACCGGCGUAAUGCUAAUCGGUUGAGUGGAACCUGGAAUGGUCUACCAGCUGCCCCAGGCAAACAGCCUCCUUCCCCUCUUGCCAGUAAAGACCAAUCCUCUAAAGUCAAGGCUGAAGUCAAGGCACCUAAAGGACCCAUAAAUCAACCUACUCACCAACAGCCCAGUCCACCAAAGCCACCUAAAAAACCUGAAGUCAAGGUCAAACCACCAUUGGCGCCUAAGCCCCAGCUACCUCCCAAGCCUCAGAUUAUUCCUCCCAAAUCCCCCCAGCAUGGCAGAACUUAUGCCCACUGCAAUGGGGAUGCCUCUGGACGUCUGUCCUCUGAACUCUUGGAAAUGGAGCCAGACACAAUGGAGUUCAAGUCUGUCACUUCUGGGGCAAGUGGACUGCCAGUGUCAUCACCUUUGAUCACAGCAGUGUGGUGCAGUAAGCAAACACAACCCAUUACGACAACACAAACAGAGGACAAGACAAAAAUGAAAGAGAACAGUCCAAAACAGAAUAAAGAUCUAAUACAUAAGAGUGGAACCCACAUUUCAAAUGAUAAAGACUACAACAACAAACAAAGUCCAAAUGUUGAGACAAAAAGCAAUGGGACUGCCCUACCUACAAAAAUGUCACCAAGCCUACCAUCUAUGCCACGCUCUAAUUCAGGCACCAAGCUAUCUGUUCCUCCUCCAGUGCCCCCCAAACCCACUUCACCUAUCAGUUUCCAUCCACUCUCACUACCUGCUAGCUCACCUGUCUCCCCAACUGACCCAAACAAAGGGAUCUUUAAGGAUAGUGUCAGUCCACCAAAUGGACUCCACCCUUGGAGCAGCCGCAAUGGCAGCAUCCAGUCAGCACCCCGGAGGGUAUCCCUGAGCCAUGAAAGCCUGUCGCCCAAAAAUACAGAUGCACCUCUCACACUAACAACCUCCCUCACCUCAACCAACUCCAAAGGGGUUGGGGGAGAACCUGGAAUGUCUGGAUCAGGAUCAGAUCUGAGGACAAGUUCUUCCAGUCUAGGAGGCAGAUUACCAGCUUCUGCCCUGAGAGGGAAGAUCCAGGCUCUGCCUUGGUACAUGACCCGCUCCCAAGAGAUUUUAGGAACUCUGGACUAUCCAUCUACAAGCUCCAUCAAUGGGGAUACAUCUGGCUUUGGCUCUGGUUUGUCUGUUGCCAGUGGGUUUUCAGACCUUAACAAGACCCCUGUUAAAGAAAAAGAGACUGUGACUACAAAAUCCGGAGGAAAAGGGAACAUUUUAGAAGAUGGAGCUGCAGUUGUGAUAGCCACCAUCAAAGAGGCCCAGGAAGUGACUUCAAACAUGAAAAAAGCCAAUGGGACUAAUGGCUCCAGUCCUGAUUUGAGUUUUAAAGACAUGAGUGCACACCGUGGCAGUGUUUCAUCAGAGCAGCCUCAGUCGCGGCCCCAUUCAGCAGUGGGAUUGGGAGGUGUGUCCAACAUGCAGAUUGGAGGAGACUCACCUACCUCCUCACUUGCUGAUAGUACUCCUCCACAACAGCACCGGGAAGCUUGUGGAUGCCGCACUGUUUAUGCCAACUGUUUUAGUGGAGACACCGAGGAUGGUAUAAGCUUUGAUGAAGAGCUUACUGUUUACGAGUUCUCCCGACGCACACGACCAAAACCUGCCAAACCCGCACCUAUUCCAUCUCCUACAACACCUUCUCCAAAUCCCAAUAUCCUGUCACUGCUGAGAGACAACCCUCGCCCACUCUCUACGUUCUCCACUGCUUCCUCCGAGCUCAGUCCCCUAGUCUCACGCCCAGUGUCACCAACAAACUCACUUGGUUGUCCUCUUCGUUCCCUUUCCAAUAAGAAUUAUGGUGGGCUGAAAGGAGGUUUUGCUUCCCUACGCCAAGAUAUAGACCAACUACUGCUGGUCUUAGAGAGGGGGGCACUUGAGCAACAAACCUCAGGCCAAGACUCUAAGCAGGAUAUCACGGGCAUACAAGUAGGGCCUGACCUAAAUCACAAUGGAACUGAAACUAGUACAAUCCCAGCUCCUGGCCAGAAUUGUGCUGGAACAAGCACUGCUGCUAUGACAGAGGCUGAAAGGAGUCUUCUCCAGGCAGAAGCUCGACGAUUGGCAUCAGGUUGUCAGAGGGCCACACGUGUAGGUUGGGCUCCUGAUGAAGCCCUACGUUCGUUAUCUAACAGCUUCAGUGCCCUGGUUCAGUUGUCGGCAGCCUGCCUGCGAACAAACCCCUGCCCUGGCUGUGACAUCUGCCAUGAUGAGAGUCCAGUCCACAGGGAUGAGGACGACGACAGCCAGCCCAUGGACAAGCUAAAGGAGAUAGUAGGUCUGUACCGGGAGUUUGUUGGGGCUGUUGAGACAGCGGGGACAGGCGCUGGGGUUGGGGGUAAAAGUGUGGGCUUAACUGGGUUGGGACAGGGUCAGGGAGAGACUGAUGGAGUGAGGCUACUAGCCAAACGCUGUACAGUACUCAUCUCCUCAGUAUUCGCACUAACACAACUCUUCCGGACACGCACACUAGACACAUCAGACACGCCUGGACACGUACCUCUUAAUUUUUGACCUGUGAACUUCACCCACUUACCCAUUGACUCUAGAGUUGAAACAAGAGGAAACAGCACAGAGUAAUCUGGCGUGUAACCCCUGUGUUCCUGUACAGUAAGUGCCAUGCACACCACAGCACACAAACUUUAAUCCGUAUUACACAAAACCACAGAGAAAACACAGCAAGCAAAACCCAGAACGAAGGGAGGAAACUUCAUUGCUUUUCCUCCUCUUGGACGCAUACGGACUAUGCAUUUGUACAUAUAAAUUUUAUAACUGUCUUAUAAUUCUCUUAUUUUAUUAUACUAUAUGUGUCUAUGUAAGGAUGAAUUACCCAUGUAUGUAUUUAUGUAUUUAUUUUUACAAUAUUUUCACCUUGGUCUGUGAUGUGCAGGUCUCUGGUGGAAAAGAAACUAUGGCUGUCACUGGAAUUUUUAUUUGUCCUUCUCUUUGAGACAGUAUUAAGUUAUCUUUUGCUGCUUUAAAAUUUCUCUACUCCUCAAGGUGUAAUCUGUAAAUUGUCAUAUUUCUAGUUGAGUAAAACAGUAUGUUUUACUUACUACCUACAGAUCAUAUGCUUUACUAUACACUUACAAAAUACAGAAAUUAAUUGAUUUGUUUUAUAUAAGGGUUAGGUUUUUCAACUCUGCAGUCAAAUAUAAAAGAGAUACAAACUUUACCAUAACACAGCAGGGAGAGCACUUUGACUGUUACAGAUUGCACCUUUUUAUGAACAUGAACCCUUGUGUAAAGAGUUUUCUAUCCCUCCCUUUGUUGUGAGUGAGUUAGUGUGAAUGCUUCUUGGAAAAACUCCCAUUAUCCAAACAUAUGCAGUAUUGUAACAUUAAACUAGUUUUCAUCCAAAGGACAUAACACAUGCACUAUAUUUUCUGUGAAUGUGUGGAUGAGGCCCAGGAAGCAAAACAGGGGACCUUAUUUAUGUUGUUAAAAAUGUUUUUUGACUCGGCACAAGGGUGACUGUUAAACUAUGUCCAGAUGUAGCAGAGAUCCAAAGUCUUAAAAACGCUGAGCCACAACUGUUUCCCACUAGAAAUUCCUUUUAGGUCGCACCACCGUAUUAAUAUCAUACUGACUGACAGAUGGACUGACUGCUGUAUGCUGUGGUCAAAACUGUAGAUAUAUAUUUAUAUCUUUGUGUCCUAUUCCGUCUCUACUUUCAUUUAUGGCUAUGCAAACAUAAACUCUUCACCCCCACGUACUGUAUUCCUGUUUUCUGUGCUAACAUUUAAAACAACUAUAGCUGCAUUAUGUUUGUCUGAAUAUAAUGGGUGCUUCUUUGUUUGGAAUGUUGGCUUUUGUCUUGUUUUGGGAAAACUUACUGCAUUAUGGAUUGCAACGUUUUGCAAAAAGUUGCAUGGCAUUUGUCAAUAUAAAGACUUCUGUCUAAACUGAUGUCUGUGAAUUGUUUGUACAAGGAUGACAUUGCUUGAUCAGUUUACUGAUGUACAGUGUUCACUAAUCAGCUCAUCUAUUUCACAUGAUGCCAACUCAUUUAAUGAGUCAUUCUAUUUGGAGGAUUUACCUGAGCCACCUCUGACAACAAGAAGGCAAUUCAGUUUCAAUGCUUGUAUGGUGCAUUUGCAGGAAAACUGACUGAUUAGGAACACAGAGGAUGAGGAUGUAUGUUUGCAUAUUUAAUCCUCAAAACAGGCGAUGCAUAUUUUGUUAAGGUUGCAAUUUUGAAAAAAGAGAUUUUCUUGUGUGAGAUUUCAGAGCUUCCAGUUGCAUUGGUGGUAAUGUUCAGUAGCAUUGUCCAUGACAGCACUAACAUCAAGACAUAGGUCUCAGGAACAUCUUUUGUUCAUCAUGCAGGCCCAAACAGGGAAGGGUGCCUGUGCCACCUAUUUUUGUUUUUCCUCUGUGUUCAAACUGCAUCAACAGUGUUUCAUUUUCAGAGGACAUCAUGUUUCUACAGUACAUGAGCAGUCACUUUUCCAUACCCACGUACAAAAAAAGUCUAUGUACCAAGAAAUGUAUUGUUUGGGAAUAAACUA